UAGAACUAACCUAACGAUCAGCGUUAGGAAACGACGCUUACUCUUAACCAACCUCUACCUUCCCUUCCGCAUUCCGCAAGACGAAAAGUUCAAAGUUUGGAACAAAGUCCUUCUUCUUCAUCUUCUUGACCUUGUCGAACACUCAAUUUUCCACUUCUUUCAUUGAUUCGAUCUUUCAUUCCUCUACCUAUCUCCCCAUCUUCAUCUUCAUUUCUCUCCUACCAAUGUCUCCGCCUUUCAUCGCUAAUGCCGAUGUUUCCCCCCUCAUUGCAUCUUCUCCGCCGGAGAUCGGCCGUGUUUCCACUGUCUAUAGCCAAGUCCAAGCCCACCGUAUCGAUCAACCUCUCCCUUUUCCCUCUGUUCUCAAAAACCCCUUCAAAAUCCUCGAUGGCCCUCCUACCUCCGCCGCCGGCAAUCCGGAUGAGAUCGCAAAGCUGUUUCCUGGUCUUUUCGGCCAACCGUCGGCACGGUUGGCGCCAAGUGAUUCCAGUUCAGUGCAGGUGAAUAAGAAAUUGAAGAUCGGAGUUGUCUUGUCUGGUGGCCAAGCCCCGGGAGGGCAUAAUGUGAUUUCUGGACUAUUUGAUUACCUACAGGUUCAUGCAAAAGGAAGCACCUUGUACGGUUUCAAGGGUGGUCCUGCAGGGAUCAUGAAAUGCAAAUAUGUAAAACUGACUGGAGAAUUUAUCUACCCAUAUCGCAAUCAGGGUGGUUUUGAUAUGAUAUGCAGUGGGAGGGAUAAGAUUGAAACUCCAGAACAGUUUAAGCAAGCUGAAGAAACUGCUCAGAAGCUUGAUCUGGAUGGCCUUGUUGUAAUUGGUGGAGAUGAUUCCAACACAAAUGCCUGUCUCCUCGCUGAAAACUUUAGUUGUUUUCAAAUUAGGAGUAAGAAUUUGAAAACCCGAGUGAUUGGUUGCCCAAAAACUAUUGAUGGUGAUCUCAAAUGCAAAGAGGUCCCCACAAGUUUUGGAUUUGAUACUGCUUGCAAGAUAUAUUCAGAAAUGAUUGGUAAUGUGAUGGUUGAUGCUCGAUCCACAGGAAAAUAUUACCACUUUGUACGGCUUAUGGGUCGUGCUGCUUCUCACAUCACAUUGGAGUGUGCUUUACAAACUCAUCCAAAUAUUACUAUUAUUGGAGAAGAGGUUGCGGCUAAGAAGCUUACCUUGAAAAACGUUACAGACUACAUUGUCGAUGUAAUUAGUAAACGUUCUGAACUUGGUUAUAAUUAUGGUGUUGUACUUAUUCCCGAGGGUCUGAUUGACUUCAUUCCUGAGGUGCAGCAGCUUAUUUCGGAACUCAAUGAAAUUCUUGCCCAUGAUAUUAUAGAUGAGGAUGGGUUAUGGAAAAAGAAACUUACUACUCAAUCUCAUCACCUUUUUGAAUUUUUCCCACAAGCAAUCCAAGAACAAUUGUUACUUGAAAGAGACCCACACGGAAAUGUCCAGGUUGCCAAAAUAGAAACUGAAAAAAUGCUUAUUCAAAUGGUUGAAACUGAGUUGGAAAAGAGAAGGCAAGAAGGUGCAUAUAAUGGCGGCCAAUUCAAGGGGCAGUCACAUUUCUUUGGGUAUGAAGGGAGGUGUGGUUUACCCACGAACUUUGAUUCAACUUAUUGCUAUGCUUUGGGUUACACUGCUGGAGCUCUCCUCCAGAGUGGAAAAACUGGACUAAUAUCAUCGGUAGGAAAUUUGGCUGCUCCAGUUGAAGAUUGGACGGCUGGUGGAACUCCAUUGACUUCGUUAAUGGAUGUGGAGAGGAGACACGGUAAGUUCAAGCCUGUGAUCAAGAAGGCAAUGGUGGAACUAGAUGGUGCACCUUUCAAGAAAUUUUCAGCGUUAAGAGAGCAGUGGGGUGUCGAAAACCAAUACAUCAGUCCAGGUCCAAUUCAAUUUGUUGGUCCAGCGUCAAAUGUGAUUAAUCAUACUUUGUUGUUGGAACUCGGGGCUCAAGCGUGAUCAUAUUUCACUAUCAUUCUCUUCCCCUCCAAAAUAAACUGUAUUGAACGUAUUGAUUUUGGUAUUUUUUCAUGCUUCUUAUUGAAACUUCUAUAUUUUUACUUACUAUUUACAGUGUUCACUAUACAUUAAUUUGUAGAAUAAGAUCUUUUGGAAUG